CCGUCUGCGAUGCCCCAACUGCGUGCCACACUAUGGAUGCUUCCCCCUCCCCGGCCGUUGACGUCCAGGCCUCUGACGCUGCCCGUGACGCUGCAGCGCAGUUUGAAGGAACCCCAGACGCAGACGAGCAGACGUCACCAAUCAACGAUGAUGGCGAGGAACAGCCACACAAGACAGCCACAGGGCCGAUGCAGAAGCGAAGGCGGGUAACUCGUGCAUGCGAUGAGUGCCGCCGCAAGAAAAUAAAAUGCGACGGCAAGCAACCUUGCACCCAUUGCACAGUAUAUAGCUAUGAAUGCACUUACGACCAGCCCUCCAAUCGACGGCGAACCGCUGCACCUCAGUACAUCGAGGCGCUCGAGACACAGCUAAAACGGGCAAAGACUAUACUGUCUCUUGUUUUUCCUACCCUGGAUAUCGGUGAUGCCAGCAUUGAUGCUCAUUUGCAGAGUGGCAUGCUACCACAGUUCCCCGCUUCCCAACCCCGACCGCAACCUAUUCCGCAACCACGCAGUGCACCGCGCCGCGAUGAUCCAGCCAGGGCUGAGGAUGCAGCCGACUCCCAUCUUGAGUCCAUGGUAAAGGCUACCGGUAAUUUGGACCUUGACGAGGAUGGCAAUUGGGAUUACCACGGCCAUUCAUCAGGUCUAAGUUUCAUGCGAAGAAUACAACAGGAAUACGGAGACAUAAUCGGCGGCAAAGCGCCGUCUGCCUCAUUGUUCAAAUAUCGGCCACCAUCUCAAGUGCUAGAUUCCCCGAGUUCCGCUCAUCCCUCACCUGCGGACUCCACAGUCCUUCCAGCUGGAACUGACCUCCCACCCAAGAAGAUUGCGCGAACUCUGUGCGACAGUGCCCUAGUUGAUGCUAGCGCCAUGCUCCGCGUCGUGCAUUUGCCAUCAUUUUAUAAGUCACUCGAUCGCAUAUAUGAGACAACGCCCGAGAACUACGGCAAUGCGGAAAAUACUUUCUUACCGCUGCUAUACGCUGUGCUGGCGCUGGGCUCGCUCUUCCCCAAGGCCAACAAUCAAGAGCUUGCGGGAGUCGAGGGAGCUGCUGAUGAAGGGUACAAGUAUUUUCGAGCGUCGCGUCAGCUACUAGACGUUACCGACUGCCGCGAUCUGACAUCAGUUCAAGCUAUCGUAUUCAUGAUACAAUUCCUCCAGAGCACAGCCAAGCUGUCCACUUGUUAUUCCUACAUCGGUGUCGCCCUACGCUCUGCCAUCCGAAUGGGAAUGCACCGAUCGUUCAAUGUCAAUUUUACACCGAUAGAAGCGGAAACUCGCAAACGAUUGUUCUGGGCGAUCUGGAGAAUGGACACUUAUGUCGGUGCAAUGCUAGGUCUGCCUCAUUUUAUCGAAGACGAUGAUGUCGACCAAGACUACCCAACCGAAGUCGACGACGAGUACAUCACGGAAACAGAAAUUCUGGCCAUGCCAGAGGGUAAGAUUUCUAUCAUGCACGCCUCAAAUGCCCAUGUGAAGAUUGUGCGGAUUCUCAGCAAGAUUUGCAAAUACGUGUAUCCCACAAAAGGUACACAGUCUGGCGGCAAGCACUCGGUCACUUAUUCAGUGAGCUACGCUAAGAUCCGGGAAAUCGAACAAAGCAUGCAGCAAUGGCUUGACGAGCUUCCGAUGGCGCUCAAGCCCGGCGGUGAAGCUCCACCCAUCAUUCUACGGGUUCAGCAACUCCUGCGCAUGGCAUUCGCUCACGCUCAACUACUUUUGUAUCGGCCCUUCUUGCACUACGUGUCGAGCUCGGAACGCAGCAAAGCCUCAGUCGACCAACGAGCAUUCGCUUGUGCAUCUGCAUGUAUCAGUGUAUCGCGCAACAUCAUACACAUCUCAGCAGAGAUGAAGAAACGAGGCUUGCUCGUUGGUGCGUACUGGUUUUCCAUGUACACCACAUUUUUCGCCAUCAUUUCAAUUCUCUAUUUUGUGUUGGAGAAUCCGACAAGCCAGACUAGUCGGGAGCUUUUCCGAGAUGCUCUCGAAGGAAAGGAGCUUCUUGAUUAUUUUGCUAAACGGAGUCUCGCAGCGGAUAGAUGCUCAGAGACAUUGAAGAGUAUAUUUGAUAGAUUGCCUGAGUCCGUGAAGCGUGGAGGUGCGGUUGCGCCGACUGACACCAAAAAACGUCGACAGGCGAGUUCACCUCAAUCGAUGCAUGCCCGGCCGCAUGCGCUAAAGCAGGAUUCGGAUUUCGUCGCAAUGGGCGUUAGACGAGCAUCAACAUUCCCGGAAACUAUGCCGCCGAAUGGCAAGACGACGCUCCCCUUGUCUCAAAGCCAUCUUUCCAGCCUGGGGAUAGACCGUUUCAAUUCCGCCACGCCAGGCUCCGAUUAUUUCGAUCAAACGCCGAGUCUUACUCCGACGUCAGCCACUCCCAGCAGUCUUGGGAGCUAUGGUUUGGCGUCUGGGCCACCACAUACACGCCCAGGCCAGCCUUUCGCCGGGUCGCCGUUGACGACUAUGGCUGAUGCAUCGGGACUCAAUGUCGACAUGAACACGUUGAUGUUCCCAUCUGCGGAUCCGUUAGCAUACCCAAACCAGCCCAUGACUACUUUUGAAGACAGUCACCCUCAGGCCUACCAGUUCAAGCAUGGCUCACCGAUUAUGGCGCAACUACCUCCACAAUACACUGGUAUUGACAUCAAACCUAGUCCGGCAUCGUAUGCACCAAGCCCUAUGGCUAAUAUACGCACAGGAACAGGGCGGCCAGACAAUGAGGUACAGCUCUUGGGGCCCAUGCCCAUGUAUCUCAUGCAAGGUGCCCAGCACCGCAGUUUUCACCCGCAACCCGGUGUGCACGGCCCUCCACCACCGCAGAUACCCGGUCAGAAUCCCGCCAACAUGAGUUUCGACGAGAUCUUUGGUGGUGAGGAAUGGGCGCAAACCUUCAUGGACCCUGGCUUGGGCCUAAGUGGCGGGCCUGGGUACGGUGGACCGCCUCAUUUCGGUGCUGGUGCUCCAAAUAUGGGAGGCUGGCAGUAAAGUUGUGCAGGUGAAACGGCUCCCGGACGCCACAACGCCAUAUAAAGAUCACAUCUUGGCCACAUUUUAGACAGGAACACUACGACGAUGAUCUUCAAUCGUGCAUCAAUCCAGACACAUCUGCCCACGGCGCUUGAU